AUGAAAGAGAUUCUUUUUGGUGCUUGGGGUCCCAUCGAAGACAUUAAGGACCCUAGCGUUGAUGUCAUCGCCAAGUUUGCCGUCUCCGAGUUCAACAAACAGAACAACUCGAAACUCAAGUUUCAGACUAUUGUUUCCGGCGAAUUACAGGUAGUCUCAGGCUUUAAUUUCCGGCUAGUGCUCAAUGUUAGUGACGAAGAAGACCGUGGUUGCAAGACCUAUGAGGCGCAGGUAAAUGAGCAGGCCUGGCUCGAUUCGAUGGUUCUUAAUUACUUUAAACCUGUCAAUUAA